AUGUCAUCAUCGGUGGAGGAUCUGUCUCUGGCAAAUGAAAACCUCCGGUGCCAAAUCAAUGACCUGAGAGAAACAGUGGCCUGCCUUGAUUCUGAGAAUCAGGAGCUGCUCAAAGAGAACAGAUGCAUCAAGGAUCACAACAGGAGCCUGCAAGGGACUGCAGAUACAUUUAAGGCCACGAUGGAGGAGAUGCAGAAGAAGGUGGAGGAUAUUAGAGAGAGGAUGGACCAUGCGAACAUGAAGAUCCACGAGCUGGACAUCCAAAACAAGUCUUUGGUGAAAGCUAAUGAGGAGCUCAACAAGGAACUGCAUGAGGUGUCUUCUCAGGUGGCCCUUUUCCAAGACUACAAAGCAGCUCAGGAGAAGGACCUUCUAGAGAUGCAGAACCUCUCAGCAGAAGUCAAAAAGUACCUGAAGAGCCUGGAGGAGAGGCUGGAGGAGACGGAGCAUCACUAUCAUGCAGAGAAGAGCCAUUCCUCCCAGCUGAAGGAGAAGGUAGGGACACUUCUUCAGCUCCGGCAAAACCAGAGGAAUGACAUCAAAGAUCUACAGGCCCAACUGGAGACCUGUGUACAGCAGGCCACAAUCUUGAGAUUGGACCAGGAGAACAGGGUGCAGAUGGGUUCGCUAAUGCACGAAAUUGUGGAGGCCAAGCUGGUGGAUGUUGCUUUGAACAGAUCAAAGAGCAGGAAAGCCAUGUAUUGGCUCUGGAAGUUGGGGAAAUUCCUGACCAUCCUGGUUCUUGGCUGCAUUCUCCUCCUAGUCUUAGCCCUCAGCUACACCUAUUUUUUCAAUCAGCAAUUCAUUGCGGAGACUGUCCUGGUGUUUCUUAGCGAACAGAACAUCAACAAAAUUGUGCAAGGCUUCGCUCACUACCUGACAUGGAGAAACGAUGGCCUUUUGCCAUUUUGA